GCUUCUAAACCCGGAAGUGGCGCAUGAGCACGCGGAGAGCGCGGGAACGGAGCGGCCAGAGGAUCCCGGGACCCCCAAAAACCCCCCAAAACCCUUCUCGUGAUCCCCCCACCCGUCCCCGAGACUCCCCCCCAAAAUCCCCCCCAAAAUCCCGGUAACCUUCCCCGAGUCCCCCAAAUUCCCGAUCCCCAAUUCCCGACUCCUCCCAAUUUCAGCCCCCCCCCCCCCCUCAAGUUCCUAGCACCCCCCCCCCCAAAUUCCAGCCCCCCCAAUUCCCAGCCCCUCCCGAAUUCCAGCCCCUCCCCAAUCCCCCCAAUCCCCCCAAAUUCCUGAUGCUGUUCGGCGCGCUCUCCCGCGGGUCCCUGCGGGGGUUCCACCCGGGGGGUCGCUGAGGGGGCUCGGCCCUGACCUCCCCCGGGACUCCCCCAACAAACGGACCGGGACCGGGAUCCCCCCCAAACAAAGGACCCGGAACACCCCCGGGACCAGGGUUUCCCAUUCCCAAGCCUUGGCCCGAUGGCGGAGGAGAAGGCUGCGAGGAAGAGGAAGAUGGCCCAGGAGCCCCAGGCAGACAAGGAGCUGAGCACGGAGAGCAGGGAGGACAAAACCCCUCGGCACAACCUGGUGGAAGAGGCCGUUUGCAGCAGCUCCACGGCGCAGGAAUCCAACGGGGAGGAAAAGCCGCGGAGAUCCCGCACCAGGAGCGGCUGCAAACGUAGAUCACGGGGAUCUGAGGAGGAAAGACCCAGCCUGGGCCGGGCAGGCCGGAGAUUGAGCCAGAGCUCGGACCUGGUGGUCCACGAGCAGCUUCGUGAUGGGGAGAAGCCCCACAAGUGCUCAGAGUGUGGGAUGAGCUUCAGAUGGAGGUACCUUCUGAUCCGCCACCAGAAGAUCCACACUGGGGAGAGGCCCUACGAGUGUGGGGAGUGUGGGAAGAGGUUUCACACCAGAGGCAAUCUCCUCAGGCACCAGUGCACGCACACAGAUGAGAAGCCCUUCCGCUGCCCUGACUGCAGGAAGGGAUUCAGGGAAAAUGGCGCCCUCACCAAACACCGGCGCAUCCACACUGGGGAAAAGCCCCACGAGUGUGAGGAGUGUGGGAAGAGCUUCAGCCGCAGCUCCAGUCUGAUCCGCCAUCAGAGGAUCCACACUGGGGAAAGGCCCCACAAGUGUGAGGAGUGUGGGAAGAGCUUCAUUGAGCGUGCCAAGUUGAUCUGCCACCAGUACAUCCACACUGGGGAAAGGCCAUACAAGUGUGGGGACUGUGGGAAGGGCUUCAAGGACCGUUUCAGCCUAAUCUGCCACCAAAGGAUCCACACUGGGGAGAGGCCCUACGAGUGUUCUAAAUGCGGGAAGAGGUUUCCCACCAGCUCCAGGCUUCUCAAGCACUACCAGACACACACGGAGGAGAGGCCCUAUGAGUGUCCUGACUGCGGGAAGGGCUUCAGGCAAAACUCUGACCUCAUCAUCCACCGGCGCAUCCACACUGGGGAGAGGCCCUACGAGUGUGACGAGUGUGGGAAGAGCUUCUUUGACAGGUCCGCCUUUACUAGACACCAAUGUAGGCACCGGUAAGGGAAGCCCUGUGAGUGCUCCGAGUGCAUGAAGAGCUUUGUGUUCUGCUCCAACUCCAUCCCCCACUGCAGGACCCAUGCUGGGCAGAGCCCUGGUGACCCACAUUGCCUGGGAUCCAUGUUGGGAAGACAGCUGCCUGGUUAUGCUUUUGUUUUGGCCUUAAUUUUUGUCUCUUCUCCAUCUCUUUGUGUUCCAAAUGCCAAGACAGAUCAAUCUGCCAUCGCAAAACCACUGAAAUCCCAGUGAAAACACCUCAAUUUUGACACAAAAGGGCUCAAUCCAACUUCAAAGUGCCUUGUUCCCUCCUCAAAACAACUCAAUCCCCACGAACCUUACUGGAUCUUUCAGCCGCCUGGGUGAGAAGGGGUUGGAAAGAGACUAGAUGAAGUGGGAUCCAAAUUUGGAGUGGUGGGAUCGGGAUUGUGUGGGGCUAGCUGAGUGAUAUCGAUCUGAUAGUAAAUAAAACUUUGACAAUUCCUGA